UUGCAUCAAAACACGGAGUCGCCGCAGUUCUGUUUGUAUACAUUUUUUUUUGCUGCCACCAGCAGAUGUUUUCAUCGAUCUCGAAAUGGAUAAUUCAGAGUUGGUGUCGCUGCAAGCAGAAACCGAAAAUACAGAACCAUCAUCAUCAGGAGCUCCCGCGGGUGGUACUGUGCAGGCGUCCGAUCUGGAGCAAGUCAACGAACCGGAAAAUAUCCUGGAAAAGUUGAAGGGUGAUCGAAUUGGUGAUACAAUGUACAGCGAAAGAUUUGUGCUGACCACGAUCCUCAAGCUGCCCCAGCUGGAGAGCAAUUUAGCCGAGCAGGAGGAUUUUGAGAAGGAUCUGUGCAGUCUGUGGGAUAUGACCAUCGAGAAGGAUGUGGUUCUAUUCCUGCUGAAGCAUGACGUUAUCGAGCUGUUUGUUGGGCUGACAGAAGCUUCCAACGAUUUCCGGCUGGUGGAGAUUUUGCUGGGAAUUGUUGGGAACAUGUGCUGCGUUGAUGAAACGCACAAAGUUCUCUACGAGAACAAGUCUCUGUUCUUGAGUAUUUGCCAGUUUCUCGAUUCCAGCGACACAUUGGUUCUGGUUCAGUUGAUGCGAAUAAUCACAACUGUUUUGGAUAAAUCAGAUGACGAACAGUUCGGCUGGUUCAAGGUAUUUCGGGAGGUAGAUGACAUGACGGAAAAGUUGGCAUUCAUACUGAAAAGUACGACUAACAGGGAGCUGAUUGAACAUACGUUUGAGGCGGUCCAUUCGAUUGUGAAUCGAUUCACGGAAGCAGAAGUGGAUUAUACGCAUCUGGUUGAGUUCUAUAAAAUAUUUGGUAAGCUAUGCCUUAUCGAAGGUCUGAUGGAGGGAUUCAAACAAAUCUAUCCGGAGACGUUAGCCGACAAUCAGUUUGAGGAAGAAUAUCUGACGAAAAAAGAUCUGAAGAUAAUGCAGAAAUUUUUGGACAUUCAAGAGAAUUUCAUCAUAAAUGUGAAUGAGGUUUUUGAGAAUCAGAUUGAAAAUAUUGGUUAUUGCAUCUAUCGAAUAUUGAUACCACUGAGCAGCGUGAAUUCGCUCUUUCCGUUGUCCAAAGCGCACGUGAGAAUUUUUGUCUGCGUGAAUAGCAUAUACAGUGCAAUAAUUUAUCAUUUUCACGCGGGAACAUUCCUCACACUCAUCAAAAUCUUCGAGAUCCUUUCGAAAGAGCAAGAGGUGGCACCGAAGGCUCCGCCACCAAUGGAUGAGGAAAGUGAAGACAAUGAUCUUGAGUUCGACAUUCAAACGGCGCUGGGGGAAAUUCUCGAGACGCUUUAUUAUAUGGCUGAGCCAAUCGAUAGCAUUACUAUCGGCAACACGUUGAGAAGCAGUUCGUUCAAUGAAGCAAUCAUUCAGCGGCUUUGUAAGGCAUUCAGGGAAGUGAUGGUUGGAGAUUCGCUACUUGGGAGAACCUGUGAAUUGCUGAUGGCUAGCGCUCAAAGUGUUUGGGCUCAGCGACAUACGUGAAUGUUUUAUUACAUUAAAGUUGUUCGAAGGGAUUUUCUGCUUCAAAAAAUAUAAACCACUUUUUCGCA